AUGGCUUCUUCCUCUAAUUCGUCGCUUUCGUCUGCUCUGCAUGGGGGGAACUCCGGCGCAGGAGACCCGCCGGCCACACCCACGAGAAGCAGCUCGUCGCUGCCUCAGGAACGGGUGGACGUCCACUCUUCGCCAGCACACUCUGGCCCCGUACUCCGGUUCCUCGCGUUUGGAGCCUCCCUGCACGGGAACGCUGAAUGUCGGGAGAGUGCGAAAACUCUGACGAAGCGGCGACACAAAGGAGAAACGACAGACGCGUGCCUCUCUCCGGAAGCUGUCGCGUACCCAGACCGUCACUCCAGUCGCUGUUUGAGCAGCGUGUGCCACUUUGCGCAAGACAACACUGGCUUCUACGGCAAGUGCACAUCCUCCUGCAGCUCCUGCUGUACGUCCACCUCGCCGUGGGAUUCCCAGGCUUCUUGCCUCUGCUUGAACCCGUCGCGGGACGAAGCGGCGGGUUCUGUUUCUCUCCAGAAAAGAGUGAAGGCACCGCUGCAGUGUUUGUCUGCGUCUCUUGCAGAGGUCCACAGACGCGGAGAUCGAAGUUAUGUUUCUAUCUUCGAAAAUGAAGGGCACACGCGAGAGAGUUUGCUACAAAUGGGCGCCUUCUGUGACGCACACAACAACUCCUACAGUUUAGACACAUCCAGAUGCCGGCCUAGACACCAGUGUCACGGGCCUUCUCUUGGUGUUAGUUGCAGCGAAAGCAUCACACACAUUAACCAGGCAGCAGAGAGAGUGGAAGACCCAAGCUCUGGAGCUAAAGACACCACCCACGAAAUCGAGUCUUCACACAGCAAAGUCGGCGAUACACUCGACAGCAUUUUCGAUGCUGAAGCAGGGCAAACUAUACAGGGUAACAAAACAAGUCUGCGUGUGGAGUCUCGAACUUUCAGUGGGAAGAGCCCGAAAACCACGGAGCCUCCGGAAAGCCAUGAAUCUGCCAUGCGACGAGACAGAAAGUUCGAAGAGGAGAUCCAUGAGGCUCUUCGUGAAAGGACGAAAUCUUGCCAGUCCCACAACCAGGCUGGUAAUCGAAAAACGCUGGAAACCAACGCACGCCAGAGUCGACAACACCACGAAGAAUACCUGAGACAAGAAAGCGGAGAAAGUCAAGAAGCGAGGCGGGAAGUGAGGCAUCCGUGGACGGGGAGAGAGAUGGGUGUUUUUUCGCGGAGAGCAGUGACCACCGAAAAGGAAGGCUUUUGCGGGAGUGGUGAGCAGGGAAAACAAGAUCGCCUGAAGAGUCUGAAAGAUUCGGUGGACCGCCCAAGUUCCGUGGAGACGAUAUCGAACUCGCGUGCUUCACCACGUGUUUCGUGUGUACAUCGCGAAUGGGAAGAAGGCAGAGACGACGGCAUCAGGCCGGAAGACAGACGACACAAAUCCCCGCUGUCAUUCUGCCACUCUGCGCUUCCCCUCUGUCGUCCUGCAUGCUGUCACCCCAGAGUAUAUCGGGAGGGAAAGGAAGGUGUUCCUGAAAGCCUCUCUUGUCUUCGCGCGCCUGAGUCGUCAAGCACAGAUCUCCUCUUUAAAAAGUAUAUCAAGCAAGUUGAGAAAGUCGAGCGUCAGAUCGAGAGAGAGCAGCGACUCACGCGAAGGAGAAUAGAAGAAGGCGACGUCGAACAGAUCCAACAAGUCGUGACAAAAAACACAAAACUCGUGUACUUCCUCAUCAUUGUUAACAUAACGGUCCUCAUGCUCUGCUUCUUCUUCGCUCUCUUCCCUAUUCACCUCAGCAACCACGAGAAGGCCAUCCGCCCAGAUUCGAGCUUCGACGCAUUGUCCGACAAGACAGAAGCUGUUCGGGACUUCGGCGUAUCUCCUCGGUCUCUGAAGAGCUUUUCCUCUUCUCACGUUUCUUCUGCGUCUCCCUUCUUUCCAGCGACAGCCACAGGCGCCCAGCCUUAUCCGUUCCUCUCUGCGUCGCCUCUAGGCAGCAGCAAGAGAAAUCCCCGCCACAGAGGUCACUCUGCAGAGGGAUAUCAUCUCGACAGAGAGGGUGUGGAUUUCGCGCGAAGAGAUGUCGGAAACGUCCAAGAGGUACAAAGAGAUGGGCGACCUCGGCUUCUCGUCGAACAUCGCUCUGACGUGUCAGACACGGGUGCCCAUAUGCUGCGCUCUCCAGCAGCUGCGGGGCCAAAAACGGCACCACCAGAAAACGGCACAAGCGGGGAGGACAGGCGAGAAAGUGAAUCAAGAUUCAGCGAAACAAACAAACAGGCCAAUGACCGUGCCGGUGAAGAAGACAGCAGACAUCGUGUCUUGCUUGUAACGCCCUUGACAGAACUGUAUGAAAUUCCAGCAGAAACCUUCAAGGACCUCGUCAUUGUCCUCAAAAUGAACCCCUCGGGUCCGGGCAGCUCCCACGAGCCUGCUGGAUCGACGCUUACGAAAGUCCUGAGCGUCGCAGGAGUUGAAGAGCAGACCGAGAGAGAAAACCCCAGUGGAUCCCGGAGAAAAACAAUUUUCUUUUACACCGGCGACACGCUCCUAGUGGAUAAAAAAUCGGCGACGCUCAAAAAUGCCAAAGGCGAAGUUGUAUAUUACUGGGAUUUCGUUGUCGACGAACAGCCGCCGGCAUUUGAAGAGUUACACGGGCGACGCGAAGAGUCAGCGAAUGUCGAUGGGCUUGGGAUUCUUUCUCAAGCUCGCUCGGAAUUCUCCGCGUGCGAAAAGGAACGCAGAAGUGACAAAAAAACAUGCGACGGAAACGACGCGUCUCAGAACAGUAUAAUUCAAUCUGGGCGGGACUCAGAGGCGGCACUAUCGCCACCGAGCGUCUGGACAGGCGAAACAACACCGGUGAUGGAUUUCGAAGUCUCCAGUAACCGGCAAGAGGAGCGAGAGGCAAGCGAGAAGACGCAUGCAACCCUGAAAACUGUCGACUGUACAGAAGCCCAGGAAACGCCCCUUGAAGAAGUGAUGAAAAAAGCGAAAAGUGUCUUCUCCCAGGCGACGGACAGAAGAGGCGAAAGAAAUCAAUCACUCCGACGAACACGCCUCAUAGGAGCAGGAGAGGCAUAUGAGAGAGGCGGAAGAUCCUUUGCCAGCGGAGAAAAGACAAACGACGACAGAGGAGAGCCAGGGAAACGGGCGGAUGAAAACCCAGGUGUCAAAGAUAACGUCAACCAAGGCAAAGAACACACAUUGGCAGCACAUUCAAGUGAAGACAAGGCGGAAAAAUGUAGGGGAGCCGGAGACGGAGAAACAGAUCGUGCAGAAGAAGACGCAGAAGGCGAAAUGAAGCCUGCUGCUCAGCCAAGGAUUACAGAAGAAACGCUAGUGGAAAACGACUUGAGAGAAGCCCGUCCGAGUUCUGAAAUCGAAACACCAACAAAGGCACCCCCGCGCAGGCUUAUGGCCAAUGCAAUGCUCGGAUUCGCAAAUGCAUUUGACCAGUUCGCUCGUAUUGGCGGAGCACUCUUAAGUCCGGCGAUUUCGAUGGCCCAAACCCUUGACGUGGCGGGGGCGUUGAUUGCCAAUCCGCAAGCAGCGGGUUUAGGUGCAAAUGCUCUGCCUGUCUACGCACCGCCUUCUGCACUUACCGUGGCGUCCACCGGUGUGCCUUCCUACGGCACUUUCGCGAGUACAUCUGCCGGAUCUGUUGUUUCUGGCAUUGCCGCAAAUACUCCUCCACCGCCUCGGCUUCCGCAGGCCGUAGGCUCUGCUGGACUAAGCGUUAGUUCUUUUGGGCCGGCCACAGUGGCUGUGCAGUCUCAGCCGCAGAUCGUGUACACUGCAUCCGCAACUCCACAGCAAACGUAUGUUUACAGUGGAGGCCUCACGGGUCCUGUCUUCCCUGUGUCCACUGGCACUGUGGGAACGGUGGACUCUUCCUUUUUAACCUACCCCGGGGCCUACUACACGAACGGCGGGUACCAAGCCAUCACAGUCGCAACGCCCGCGGUCAACGAUGGUUCAUUGUAUGUCAUUGCAACCGGACAAGAAAACCAGGAAAACAAUGGCAACGAAAUUCGGAAUCUCUCUUCUGGUUUCUCCGACGCCGGAGCUUGGGCAUCGGCUGGUUCGCCAGACCUGGCACCCGAUGGGUCGGCACAGAGUGGUAUGCUCAGCACAUCUCUCGGCGUUCCGCUGCAACGAAGGCUGAACGACGUGCGAACCCCUGCCGAGGAAAUCAGAAACGAAGGAAGCGGGGAUUCUGUGUUGGAGAGGAACAAGGGGAGGUAA